AUUAACAUUAUCUGGACAACUGCAUAUGGAUACAGUUUAAAAUGUUACUUACUCCUUUGGCCCAGACAGCUUUGUUGAGCCUCAUGUCAACAUGCAUUUCUGGAGUUCCCAUCUCCUUCAUGGCACAUUUCCAGAUCUCUUUGAGUGCCUGAGGGGCACACUUCCUGUAACCCAGUCCAUGGAUGUGCUUGUGAAUGUUGAUGGUAUAUUCUCUGGUCACUACCUCGUUGAUGGCAGAAUGAUGGCAGAAUGGCCCUUCUUCUCAACGCCCUUUUUUGCAGGAGCCAUUCUACUGGGGCCCUGAUUUGAAAAGGAAGCUUCAGUCUUCUAAUUAUAUUAGAAGAUACAGGAUAUUUGUGGUUUUAUUUGUUCCUCUUUUUUGAUCUGCAUUGGAUGUAUUGGGAUAUUUGGAUUUAUGUAGCUGCCAUAACCUUGUCUAUGCAGGACGUCUUUCCUAACAUUUUGUUUUGAAACAUUUGAAGCCUUCAGAAAAGUUAUACAAGGGAGGCCUGCGUAUCCUUCACCUGGAUUCAUAAAUUUGUUACUUCGAUUUAUCUUCCUCUCAUUCUCUUUGCACAUGCACACACACACAUUUUAUUCGUUGAAUGAUGUUUUACUAGUUGAAUGACUUGAGAAUAAGUUGCAAAAAGACAUUGUGUGUCUUUAGUCUCUUAAUCUAGAGGCAUUCAGUAGCCUCUUUGUUUUGCUUUGUUUUGGUUUUUUGAGACAUUGACAUUGACAUAGUUUGAGUCCAAGCCUUGUAGAUUUAAACUUGUCUGAUUAUUUCCUCUUGGUUAAAGUCAUGAUUAAAUUGGUAGAAAUACUUUCUAAGUGAUGUGACCUUUUCAGUGUAUCCAUCAGGAAGCUUAUGAUGUGAUUAUUACUGGUGACAUUAUGUUUGAUUACCUGAUUAAGGAAGCAUCUGCCAGGUUUUUCCAUUGUAAAGGUAUCUUUUGCUCUCCCUACAUUUUUCGCCAAAUGUAGGUAGCUUGUCUGAGAGUAGAGCCCAGGAUGUACUGGUAGAGCAGAGGGAGGUGAGAUGGGAAAGAAAAGGCAGUCCACGGAGCAUGCAUGGUCAAGCCAGUCACCACCAGUGGGCAACCGAACCUAAUUUGACUGGGGAACUUGAGCCAAUGUAGAACUCAUAGCUCAGUGUUAUCCCACAAAGGGGGUAAGAAAUCUAGGGUCCUUAAACACCAGCUCUAGUCAGUCACUGUUAGAGGGCUGCUCCCAGGGGCAUCAUUUCUCUGACACUUCUAGCUUAGCAUGAACAGGUACAAAAAUGGGCCCUGGAUGCCAAAAAAGGCCUUCAGGUAAAGAGAUACAAAUGUUGGCAUUUGGAAGUUAGGGCAGGGUGCACUACUGUGGUAAGAGCUGAAGGGAUAAUUAGCAGAGCAUCCAUGGUAUCUCUAUAUCUGGGUAUCCCAGAACCUAGAGCUUGAGGCAAAAGCUUAUGGGCUGUUAUUUUUUCAGGAAGCAGAAGUAAGGAAAGGGGAAUUGAGGAGAGGAGAUUAAGUCGGUUCAAGAGUACAUGUCCAAGCUGGCUACCGCUUGGUAACAAGGUACAACUGACUGAUUUCCUAAAGCUGUCUCUCAGGAGGAUGUCUGAAGUACUGUGUCCCAGGACAAUACACCCGAAGGAAGAAGAAUUUCUCCCUCAGCGUCUGCAUCUUAUUGAAGUCCCCCAGAAUCAGCAUGUCCGUGACUGAGGAGGCGAUUCUCGGAGGCCGUGGCAGCCAUCCUUCUGCUGGUGGCAGUUCUGUGUUAUGCUUUGGACAGUGUCAGUACACAGCAGAAGAGUAUCAGGCCAUCCAGAAAGCUCUGAGGCAAAGGCUGGGCCCAGAAUACAUCAGUAGCCGAAUGGCUGGAGGCGGCCAGAGGGUAUGUUACAUCGAGGGUCACAGGGUAAUUAAUCUGGCCAAUGAGAUGUUUGGUUACAAUGGCUGGGCACACUCUAUCACACAGCAGAAUGUGGAUUUUGUUGACCUUAACAAUGGCAAGUUCUACGUGGGAGUCUGUGCAUUUGUGAGAGUCCAGUUGAAGGACGGCUCAUAUCAUGAAGAUGUGGGCUAUGGGGUCAGUGAGGGCCUCAAGUCAAAAGCCUUGUCUUUGGAGAAGGCAAGGAAGGAGGCGGUGACAGAUGGGCUGAAGCGGGCGCUGAGAAGUUUUGGGAAUGCACUUGGAAAUUGUAUUCUGGACAAAGACUAUCUGAGGUCACUAAAUAAGCUUCCACGCCAGUUGCCUCUUGAAGUGGAUUUAACUAAAGCAAAGAGACAAGAUUUUGAACCCUCUGUGGAACAAGCAAGAUACAGCAGCUGCCGGCAGAACGUGACUCUGGGACCCCCGAAACCACAGGAGGUGACCUCCCCUUGCAAACCAAGCCGCUCAGAUGAUCCCCACCUCGUGAAACAGGAAGACAAGGCCGGCAGCUCCCGAAGCCUGGCCUCCGCCAUGGAGAGCGAUGCCACGUACCAGCGGAAGCUCCGGCAAAAACAGUUGCAGCAGCAGUUCCGGGAACAAAUGGAGAAACAGCAAGUGCAACUAUCUGCUCCAUCAGUGGAAAAGAAGAAUCAGGCAGCACCGCCAGCACUUCCUGUGAAACACAGCACCCCCAUAACUGUUUCUGAACCACACACGGAGAAAGACUUCCUCACAGACAGUCUUGGAAUGUGGGAUAUGGAUCCGGAUGCAGAGGACAGUGAUGUGAAGCCCUUGUCUAGGCCAGAACCACUCCAGACCCCUGCCACACCAGUCCUGAAACACCAGGUGGUGACCUGGAAUAGGACCCCACAGGACCUCUGUCACCAGGAUCCACAAGCAAAAUCUGGACCCAGGCAACUCCAAACUCACAACAGUAACCAAGAGAUAACAGUAAACUGUGAUUUCUAUGACAAGAACCAAGACUUGAAGAAAAGGAAACUGGAUCCGUCUUAACUGAGGCUCCGGUCACAUCAUUGGACUUUGUCACAAAAGGGACUUCCGAAAACUACUUUUUGGUCAUGAAAUUGUUCAUCAUUCCUAGGGAAUGAGCUUUAUUUCCAAGGAUUUACCUUGCUUCAUUCUGAACUUUACCUGAGGAUGAGUGUUGGAGCCUACUGCAGAUAGAGCAGAGCAGUCAGAAAGCCC